AUGUAUGCGACGAGGAAGAUUACUUUGUGCGACUACGGCGAGAAGCUUUUAAGUACUACAUCUUCACCGGCUGCCUCGGACGUCCAGAAAGACUCCUUUGCUAGAAUAGAGUUCAGCAUAGUACGAGGCAUUCGCAAUGACGUUGACGAUUCGGAACAGGACAGCUUCGAAGACCUUCGACUUAGCGAUGCCCAAAUUGUAGGAUAUCCAGAACUAGUUGGCUAUGAUGUGAACAUCAAAAUUGAAUUCAACGAGCAAGCUCCGAUUGGCCCAGAGUUACCGACAUGCAAGUCACGUAGUGCAGGAGUAGAAGGUGGCACUUUCCCAGCCCUCCGACUCACCUUAUCGACACAAUCAGUUACUUGGCUCCGACUAUGUGAUUGGAGCCCGGAUAUUUUGUCACCAAUGUUGAUCAGUCUCUUUGGUGAUUUUAUGGAAGACAGCGGAUACUCCAUUUAUUACCAGUAUAUUGUCUGCUCCUCUAAUACCCAUGACUUAGCCCUAUGUGCGAAUACCAGCUAUGUGGAUUCCACCUCGCCGUGA